AUUCACAAUUCUUUGUCGUACAAUUGUCAAAGUUGAGUUGUAUGCCACGGAGCAGAGGGACACAAUUGACGGGUGGUACAGAGGAAGGAGGAAACGUGGUGCGGUCGUGUCACGCUCUGAUUUAACACCUCACAUCAGCCACCGCGGUAAUUUGGUGCCAAUUAGCACAAUAAUUCACUAUGAUUUUAAACGUGAACCUGUCUGACAAGUGCGCGCGUGUAUCAUACUAUAUUUGAGAUUCAGAACAGAACUCUGGAUUCGUCGAUGGUAUUGUCACCGACUGUAAGCCUCGGUGACUGCCGUUAUUAGAUAUAUUAAGAUGUUAAAUUCUGCGAGGAGGUGAUAAUCGGUUUUACUAUUUCACGGUAAAAUGCUCAGAUGUUUAAUUUUCAAAGAAUAUUCAUGCGCAUACCAUAAAGACAAUUUAACUUGAAACGCGUCGCACGUGCUAUUAAUAUUAGAUGAGAGAGAAUGCGCGUGGAAAUUUUAAACAAAUGAAUGAGACUGGAUGGAAGUCGGGGUCGCAACAUAUACCAGGAUAUAGCAUUACUGCUGGGAUCUGUCAACGACUCUGUGCACUACAGCUCACGGAGGGACAUAUUCAAAUUAACGUAAGAUGCUUUAUUUCAAAUUGAUAUCCAUGUGUUGAUACUCACAUUGUGUUAUGCUGGAUGGUUACAUGAACAAAGCUACAGACUGGAUCGGACCAAGUUAUCGAGGAGGGAGGGGAAACCAUGUUAUACAGAGCGAAAGUUGGAUGUUUGAAAUUGUGGGACGUUAUUGAUUUUCGGGCGUUUUGUUUUGCUUGGAUUUAGACCUGAGCCAUGCUAAGAGGAAGGUGUGACUCGGUUUAGAAUAUUGACAAAGUAUAUUUUAAUAUAAUAGCACUAGAGUUUAUUGUCUUCAGGUAUGACCAUACACAGGUAACGAUUGGCGAUGGCGCCAGGCGGUAUUCUCUGUUACAACCGUGCAAAGUACAGGUACUGAAGAUUUCUAUAAACAAACGGAGCACUACGUUCUGUUGGAGCCUGAGUUAUGUAUAGGCCAAUGAUGGUGGUGCUAGUUUGAAAUGACAUGUGACACUUGAUGAUGGGACCCACUUACCUGUACAGGUAACAAUCGGGAAUGGUACAGAUUUGCAACUAUAGUAGCUUGAUUUUCGCAGGUAAUGUAACAGUGUUGUUGAUCGUAUCCAUGACAACUGAUUAUUGGGAAUAUCGUGGAUUUAAUUCGACCAGAUUAAACAUGAGUUUAUUUGGAGCUAAUAACACCGAAUUAAUGCGCCCAGCUGACACAAACUCGUACAUGGAGCUUUGGUACAAACGGAAGUAUGUGUACAAUACCAUGGCUCACUACCAUAACGAGACUCUGUAUGAACCCCCGAUAUUUGCCCGGAACUUUUUCCAUAAACAUCCUCAGGACCGGACAAAUAUUUCGGGGCCGAGAGCGGUCCAGCAUGGACCCCGGAGGUCUGGGAAUAUCCAUGAGCACAUGAAGGCAGGAGUUGUCAUACUAUUUCAACAAUACGGGAAUCUGUUCAGGGAUUGCGAUGCACUAGAAGAGGGUGUUCGUCUCCGACUUAACUUGAUGCAAGAGCGGAAGACAAAAUGCGAGUACCUGAGCGGCCGGGACGGACUGACCGCGUUGGACACGACACAUCUGUACGCUGUACCACAUUUGGAGAGAGCUGCAAGUGCUUUCGCGUUGCUAUGCAUGUUGUCCAUGGUAACGGGUCUCGUGACGGGGGGAUACGGGUUACUAGGACGACAGACCCGGGUGCUUGUUCUGGCCUCGUGCUGCUCUCUUGUCGCCGGUCUACUUUUGACACUAGCGAUAGCCCUGUUCCAUGGUAAAUGUCACAUCCUUCGUCGGACGGAAAUACUGGCAGGCUACCUCAUACCUCACAAAAAGGUCAUCAACGAAUCCCGGACUUACAGCUUCGGCUGGUCGUUUGGGCUUGCCUGGAUUUGUGUAUUUCUGUGUUUUACGUCAUCAUUUGUGUGGUUGUACAAGGCACAAGAUCCUCGUCACUCCCGUAGCCCGGGUUCAAACUACGUUAGACAUAGAACCUACACAAGUCCUGAUUACGUCACAUAUAUGGACGAAAAUGAUAUUUUUGAAUGAAAAGUCUACCUUUUUUCCCUUUUUUAUGGAGAAAAAAAAACAACAUUUUUAUUCCUUUUUAUGAAUAUCUAAAGAAAUUUCGCGCAUGUGAACUGUGUGAGAUUUUUUUUAUAAAUUAUAUUUAAUGCAAUACAUUCUUACUAUAUUCCGCUUUGCACUGUAGAAAAUAUACCAAAAUGAAGCAAACAUUUGUUUUCUAUUACAUAUAUAUAUAUAAAUGGUAUAUAAUAUAUAUGUAUGUAUUUACAGACACAUAUUUAAAUCUAAAUUGCAAUAUUAAGGUUAUAAUUUGUGUAUAACAGCAAUAUUGAGUCUCAUUGCCCAACAAAUAUAGACACAAUAUCAUUAUAUUGACAAUGAUGCUUACAUAUGAAUAUGAAUAACUAUUUUAUCAUACACUUUGUAUAUAAACUAAUGAAUGUUGUGAGAAAUCAAAAACAACUCUUGUACAUAUCUACAUUAACUUUUGUUAAAAAAUCAUUUUGUAUGAUUGAAUUGAGAAUAAUCAAAAGCAUCUUUCUUGCAUUAUAUAUAAUUAUGAAGGUGGGUUUCCAGUAUUCCCGUAUAAUGCUCGCCGGCGUUGCUACGUUCGCGAAAAAAACCGCUUCCCAAUCAUAUAAACAGUAUACCAGGAGCAAUACAUUCAGAAAGCAGACAAAAUGUAGAUUUUUUUCAGCAAGUCUUUUUUUCUUUCUUUGUUCCGAUUUUUUAAAGCUCAAAUGUUAUAAGUUAUUAAAAAAAUUAACUUAUUAAAUUUUGACCACUUAACAUCUAGAAAUCUAGAUACCCUUAUGUAUGUGUUUACCUUGCCCCAGUCAAACAGUACAGAAAUCUUUUUUCUUUACUAUUACUGUAUAACUAUUUCCAUGGAAAACAGUUUCGUAGUGGUCUCUACCGGAAGCAACCGGGAGUAAUACAUCCCAUAAUGCUAUAUGUCUCUAAAAAGUCGGUUCUUCAGAGUGUUGCAUUCACAUGUAAUAACAAAUCAUUUUAUUAUUUUGACGUCGCAUAGAAAUAAUGUAAGACACAGUAUUUAUAUGCACUUCUGCUAGUCCUAAAAACACAUUUUCAGCAAUAGCAGCUUCUUCUAAGAUACAUCUAUUGGAUAUCUUCACUUAGGAUCUCUGUUCUUCUGGAAUUGUUCCUGACCAAAUCGAAGGCAUAUUUGAUUGGUGUCUGGAAAUAUAUCCUAACCAAUCACUAAACUGAUGUAUUUCUUUUGAAGAGCACAGAGGCGCGGCAAACAAGAUCAUAGUCGUUUGUCAUACAUCAAAUUAUCAAACUAGUCUUUUUGUUUUACCACCAGUUGGCGCUGACUGAGCCUUCAAUUUUACCCUCACAAUUUCAAAUGGCGCAGGGAGUGAAAUUGAACUUAUUGAGUAUCGAGGAUGAGACUUAGUCGUAAAAAAAAUGUUAACGUGCUGCGUGAAAGAAAAUCAUACAAAUGGAUUGCCAUAAAGCUGGUAAAGGCAAGAAAAAAUUAAGUACAUUAUCAUUUGUUCUCAUAAAACCACGGUUAUAUCACAAUAUUUUCUAUGUACACCUAUGUUACGGUAUCUUUGGUGUUCAGUCACAGGAACAUGUUCAAUGCCUCCUUGCUACGUCGCCUACACUAACAAGUCAAAGUUGAUUCGCCAUGUCGACGGUACAUGACAAUGUGAGACCAUGUGUACAUUUCAUAUCGUUAAACGUAGCCACGUACUAAAUGAGUCAAAGUAAACUUGGUACGGACCGAUUGGAAUUUGAUAUAAAUUUGUAGCACGGUGUCAAUUUAUUCCAGUAAAGGGUCAAGCAAGAAUUUAUAAUUGUUUUAAGGAAGUACUUAACAUCCUGGAUCAGAUGUUUUAACAUAUCCAUGGUACUUGGCCAUAUUUCAUAGUAGACUAUACGCACUUCUCAUCUCAUCCUCGCUAUUCCGAAGGUUACGUUUUCGUUCGCUCUCUUCACCUCCGGAAUGUGUCACAGUCACGUGAGAAGUGAAAGAAAAAUACUAUUGCGAGGAUCAAAAUGGCUGACUUUGAACGUGGGUGUUACUCCUCUGUGAUCUUCAAAAGAAACGUAUAAGCUUCACGAUUGGUCAAGGUUUUUUCCCUGACACUUAUCAAGUAGCUUGUUAUAUGUCUUCGAUUUUGCAAGGGAUAUCUCCGGGGAGCAUUACUGAUGCCCUCAUCGUCGCUAGCAAAGAGUCUACAAAACGAACCCUUGCCUAUCAUAGGCGGGUACUAAUUUAAGCGGUCGUUAUCGUAUACAUGCUACUGGGCCGUGAUAUCAAUUGUCCAGUGUUAUGUACUUGUAUUCAUAGACAAUACAAUCCCUGACUUCUUCGAGCGGGUGUUACCGUAUCAAUGAUACUGGGCCUAUUAUCCUCGUGUCUACAACUCAUAAAAGUUCUUGGCCUCAUCGAGCGAUUGUUACUGUACAUGUAUCCGUGGUGCCGUGCCGUACCAGACUCCAUUGCACAACAUUAUAUAGCGUAUUCCUGGUCUGUGUUGCGCUUAUAUUUCUUGUACAUGUUUCAUAUAGACAAAACCAUAUCCGCUAAUGGGGCCGCGCGGGACUCUGAUUUUGGAAACUUGUUAUAUAUAACAUAACCUGGUUAUGCGUAAUGUCGGUAAACAUCGCUCAUCAACUACCAAAGCUAUGCAUUCAUUUAACUGAAGUGUAAAUGAUGGAGAGAGGGAGUGAGGGAUAGAGAUAGUAUGCAACUGUAGUAAGGCGGAUAGAGGAUAGAAAAAGACAGAAUAAAGAAAAAAAGGAAUAUGAUGGUAAGAAGAAUGGAAUCUUUUUCAGGGAAAGGGAUAGCAAGAGGGUGGUGGCCAGUUGCUCAAUUCUUUUAAUGAUUACACAUGUAAUUUCCUUUUUGAUUUUUAUAAGAUUGUUACGAUUAUGAAUGCCAUUAAAAUUAACAAAAAUA